AUGCAAUGGAUCCGAUGGAUCCAAUGGAUCCAAUGGAUGCGAUGGAUCCAAUGGAUGCGAUGGAUCCAAUGGAUCCAAUGGAUGCGAUGGAUGGAUCCAAUGGAUGCGAUGGAUGCGAUGGAUCCAAUGGAUGCGAUGGAUCCAAUGGAUGCGAUGGAUCCAAUGGAUGCGAUGGAUCCAAUGGAUCCAAUAGAUGCGAUGGAUCCAAUGGAUGCGAUGGAUCCAAUGGAUGCGAUGGAUCCAAUGGAUGCGAUGGAUCCAAUGGAUGCGAUGGAUCCGAUGGAUCCAAUGGAUGCGAUGGAUCCAAUGGAUGCGAUGGAUCCAAUGGAUCCAUCGGAUCCAUCCAUCGCAUCCAUUGGAUCCUUUGGAUCCAUCGCAUCCAUUGGAUCCUUUUUUUUUUAUAAAUAA